AUGUCCUCCUCAGCAUCCGCUUCCGCUUCGGCAUCCGCCUCGGGGUCUCAAUCAGGCUCUCAAUCGGGCUCCCAAUCAGGCUCAGCGUCGGGAAACGCCACUCGUUCGGUCUCUAUCCCAGCUACCGCGGCUGCUGGGGGUAUCACCAUCACCCAACCCCCAUCGACAGCUUCCGCGAGCUAUUACAAGAUCGCGGAGCACGAGUAUAUCACUUUUGGGUGGAAUUUGACUUCGCUAUACGUCCAACCCCAAUCCCUCACCGUCAUCGCCUCCUGCGCCGCCAACGGCAACACCUACGCCGUCGGCCCUACAAACGGAACCCGCAAUACCAUCUCUGGUAAUGCGACCCAGGUCGUCUGGAACCCCUGGCAAUGGGAACAGUCGCCCGGCGCGACACCGUUCGCACAAGCGACGUAUGUGCUGAAGGUGUGGGAUGAGCGAGGGCCGACGGCGACUGUCAGAGGAGGGUAUCUGAGCCCGUAUGCCGGAGGGCAGUUUGCUAUGUAUCGGCCGGCAUCGUAUACGCCAUUGAGUGCAGACUGGAAAUGUACCACCUGCUCAGCGGCCAUGUCGACACUAGGCGAACCAGCGGGUAUCGCAAUCUUCACGAGUCUCAUGAUUACGCUCUUUACGAUGUGGAACGUCCUGCGGCGGUGA